CGCCUUGCGCAUGCUCAGCAGCGCAAAGGCUGCCGGUACUCAGCUGUCAUGGCUCCCAACGUAAACAGAAAGCUACCAAUACCGACACUUUAAUUUGUCGUAUUCAGCCAAAUUAACUGCAGCUACAUUUUAACUGUGACUAUCAGCCGGAGAAAGAAGUGCUGUCAGGUACUCUACAAGGUUCAAGUAGCUCCAGAGUCACUUAUUCAUUUAUUUUAUUUGCUUUAAAUGUUUUGUAUCUUUGCUAGCUAGCUGUUAGCCGCAAAAGCAUGACGGCGUGAUUCUCCUGUUUCCUCUUGGCUGCGACACCGACUUCAAGACCACAACCACAGCAACACGUGUUGAGAUAUCCUCCAAAACAAAUGUCUGUUUCACAGGGAGUAACAUGUCCGGGGGAAACAAAGCCAUCGAGCUACAGCUCCAGAUGCGGCAAAACGCGGAGGACCUGCACGGCUUCAUGAGGGAGCUGGAGAGCUGGGAGACGGAUAUCAAGAAGAAGGAUGAGGAGCUGAGGACGGGAGGACUUCAGGAGGUCCAGAAGAAGCUCCCACCUGUGCGCAACAAAGACUACAAAACAAAGAUGAGGGAGAGGAAGAAGAAGAAGAAGGAACCAACAGGAAACGGUGACGCAAAGGCAGAGGAGCCCAAGGAGGCUCCAAGGAUAAAAGGAUACGACUACAGAUCAUGGGACAAGUUUGACGUGGACAAGGCUCUGGCAGAGAUGGAUAAGGAGGAGAGUCCUGCAGAGUCUAAUGAGUCCGACUCUGAGGAAGCAGGAGCUGAUCGGGAGAAAGCGCUGGCUGAGAAAGAACAGGGUAACACGUUUUUCAAAGAAGGGAAGUACGACGACGCCGUUGAGUGUUACACCAGAGGGAUGGGUGCAGAUCCUUACAACCCUGUGCUUCCCACAAACAGAGCCACCGCCUUCUUCAGACUCAAAAAGUAUGCUGUGGCAGAGUCCGACUGCAACCUGGCGAUCGCUCUGGACAGCAACUACUUCAAAGCGUACGCACGAAGAGGAGCAGCACGGUUUGCGCUGAAGAAAUAUGAGUCUGCAUUAGAAGAUUACGAAAUGGUUCUGAAGCUCGACCCCGGGAACACAGAGGCACAGAAUGAAGUGAAGAAAAUCAGAGAGACUCUCGGAAAUCAGGCACCAGCUGUCCUGAGUGACGCCCCGCAGCCACAGGAGGCUCAAACAGUGGACCCUGAGCAGCAGAGACUGAUGGAGGAGCAGCAGAGACGACAGGAGGCGGCUGUACAAAAAGACAGAGGUAACGCUUAUUUCAAAGAGGGGAAGUAUGAAGCGGCCGUGGAGUGCUACAGCAGAGGAAUGGAGGCUGACAGCAUGAAUGUCCUGCUGCCCGCCAACAGAGCCAUGGCCUUCCUCAAGCUGGAGAAGUACAAGGAGGCAGAGGAGGACUGCACCAAAGCCAUUUCUCUGGACAGCACCUACUCCAAGGCUUUUGCCCGUCGUGCCACGGCCAGAGUGGCUCUAGGGAAAGUGGAGGAGGCCAAACAAGAUUUUCAGGAGGUGUUGAAACUGGAGCCAGGGAACAAGCAGGCCUUGAAUGAGCUCCAGAAACUCCAAAUUGAUGUGGCUUCCAGCGGCCUUCUUCAAACACCAGACAGCACACAGAGGAGAACCGUUCAGCCGAUAGACAAACCGACACAUCUGCAGUCAACUAAACCUCUGCGGAGAAUUGAAAUUGAGGAAGUGAGUGGAAAGGUGACGGUGUCUGAGGUGGAGUCAGUCGGGUCCAAGUCCUUCAUCCAGGAGGUGGUGAGGGAGGCCGAGGAUGAAUCCUCUCCACUGUCGACAUCACCCAGUGCCAAGAUGAUCAAGAUUGAGGAGAUAGCAGAAGUUCCUACACCCUCGUCUGAGCAAGAGACCAAACAACUGGAGCAGAAGGAAAUCGCUCAUGCUCCUGUACCUGUACCUGUACCUGCACCGUCAGCCAGCACCUCCCCGACAGUAACAGACCUGCCUCCUCCACCUACCAACAGCUUCCAGCUGGAGUCUGACCUCCGCAAGAUCAGAAACCAGCCCGAAGUGAUUUACAGAUAUCUGAGGCAAAUCAAACCUGAGGCAUAUGCAAACAUUUUCCACAAUUCCCUAGAACCUGACAUUCUCAAUCAGAUCCUGAGGACGCUGCAUGCUUUCUAUAUCAAGAAUGAAACCCCGUCCAUCACGCUGGAGAUCCUCAGGAGUCUGGCAAGUGUGAGGCGCUUCGACAUGGCUGUCAUGUUCCUAUCGUCCCAGGAGAAGAAAGUGCUCAAAGAACUGUUUGACUUCCUUCACCGAGCUGAGCUGGACGAAUCAUCUGUCACAGCCUUACAGAGGAAAUACGGUGUGUGACGCCGCACGUUCUAAAGACUUUUCAUCUCAACACAAAGUGCUACAUUAUUUUCAAAGCCAAUAAAGCAUUGUAGUUAUAUUCUAAUGCAGAAUAAAUUAUCAUUUAAUUCACUUUAA